CACCACCACCACCUCCUCCUCCUCGUCCUCUCCUCUACUUCCACUUCUUCCUCCCCGUCGCGCUGCGCAGAGCCACAGACGGUCCUCCAGCUCCGUGCAGCCCCGGUGCGAAGAUGGUCGGCGGCUUGUGCGCUCGCAGGUUGGCCCGCCGUUCGCGGUCUGCCCUGAUAGCAGCCCUCACGGUGCUGCUGGUCCAGACGCUGAUUGUGUGGAACUUCAGCAGCCUCGACUCCGGCGAAGACAGGGAGAACGGAGGCUCCAGCGUGCGGGGGAAGAGGGACCGGGUCGCGGGCAACAAAGCCGCUGGCAGCGACUAUUUCCAGCACGGGUUCCAGCAGCAGCAGCAGCAUCUGCCUCCGCCUGGGAGGGGGACGUCUCGCCACAUACAGCAGCCGGAUGGCUAUUACUCCCACCGGCCAAAGGAGAAAAGUAGAGUGGACAGCAACAACGAGAACUCUGUGCCCAAAGACUUCGAGAACAUAGACAAUAGUAACUUUGGUGCGCGCUCGCAGCCACACCGGCAGUCUGUGGGGGCCACCAGCAGCAAGCAGCAGCGGGAGCAUCUGCAGGAGAAAGCCCACGCCCAACAGCAGGCCUGGCGGGACAAUUCCCCCGGCCUGGGCCGCAGCUCAAACGAAGUGCUGCCCGUAGGCCACCAGCCACUAGCAGUUGGCAACAAUGCCUCCUACGCAGGCGGUCAGGGUGUCGCGGCGGGAGUUUCGCGACAGCAAUACCGUGCCUCACAGGCCCAGCAGGCCCAGUCGCAGCACAGACAUCAACACCCCCACAAGAGGCAGGCAACUGCAGCGCCAUUGGAGGUGACCUAUGACCAGCCACCCAAAUGCGAGAUCAGUGGAAAGGAAGCCAUUUCAGCUCUCUCCAGAGCCAAGAGCAAGGAGUGCCGGAAACAGAUUGCUGAGGUGUACUGCAGACACAAAGAAGGGCAGCUGAUGCCUGAGAAGGUCACUCGCUACUGCCCCCUUGAGGGCAAAGCCAAUGUGAAUGUCCAGUGGGAUGAGGACUCUGCAGAGAGCUUUCCAUUCAAACCAGUGAAGAUAGCGUUUGUCCUGGUGGUCCACGGACGAGCCUCUCGCCAGUUUCAACGCCUCUUCAAAGCCAUCUACCACAUCUCGCACUACUACUAUAUACAUGUUGAUCAGCGCUCCAACUACCUGCACAGGCAGGUGCAGGCCUUGGCUGCCCAGUAUCCCAAUGUGAGGGUGACACCCUGGCGCAUGGCCACCAUCUGGGGUGGUGCCAGCCUGCUGACCAUGUAUCUUCGCAGCAUGGCUGACCUGCUGGCCAUGAGGGACUGGAGCUGGGAUUUCUUCAUCAACCUCAGUGCUGCUGACUACCCCAUCAGGACCAAUAACCAGCUGGUGGCCUUCCUGUCCAAAUACAGAGACAUGAACUUCAUCAAGUCCCAUGGCAGGGACAACGCCAGGUUUAUCCGUAAGCAGGGUCUGGAUCGUCUCUUCUAUGAGUGCGACACGCACAUGUGGAGGCUGGGCGACCGUAAAAUCCCAGAGGGAAUCUCGGUGGACGGCGGUUCCGACUGGUUCCUUCUUAACCGCAUGUUUGUGGAAUAUGUCAUCAACUCCAAGGACGACCUGGUCACCAACAUGAAGCGCUUCUACGCCUACACUCUGCUGCCUGCUGAGUCGUUCUUCCACACUGUGCUGGAGAACAGCGCCCAUUGUGAGAGCAUGGUGGAUAACAACCUGCGCAUUACCAACUGGAAUCGUAAACUGGGCUGUAAGUGCCAAUACAAACACAUCGUGGACUGGUGUGGAUGCUCCCCGAAUGACUUCAAGCCUGCAGACUUCCACCGCUUCCAGCAAACGGUGCGACCCACCUUCUUUGCCAGAAAGUUUGAAGCCAGCGUGAACCAGGAGAUAGUGAACCAGCUGGACACCUACCUGUUUGGACCGUUCCCCCAGGGGACGCCGGCGCUCAGCUCAUACUGGGAGAACAUGUAUGAUGAGCCGGACGGCGUGGCCAGCCUGUCGGACACGCAGCUCACAUACUACCACUCCUUCUCACGCCUGGGCCUGGCCAGGGCCACCGCCUCGCUGCAGGGAAACCCCAAGGAUCACAGCUGCAGGUACUUCCCCAUGGGCCACCCGGUGUCAGUGCACCUCUACUUCCAGUCAGACCAGUUCCAGGGCUACUUGGUCAAGCACCAUGCCACCAACCUGGCCACUAGCAAGCUGGAGACCAUGGAGACCUGGGUGGCGCCCAAGAAGAACUUCAAGCUAACCACCCCUCCCACCAGCACAUUCAGCAGGUUGCAGUUUGCGGAGAUCGGCACGGAGUGGGAUGCCAAAGAACGUAUGUUCAGAAACUUUGGAGGCUUGAUGGGGCCCAUGGACGAGACGGUGGGCAUGCAGAAGUGGAGCAAGGGCCCUAACAUCACCGUCACGGUCGUGUGGAUCGACCCCACCAACGUCAUCGCGGCCACCUAUGACAUCCUGAUCGAUGCCAGCGCAGAGUUCACCCACUAUCGCCCGCCACUGAACCAGCCUCUGCGACCUGGUGUCUGGAGCGUCCGCAUCCUGCACCACUGGAGCCCUGUGGCUGAGAUGAAUUUCCUUAUUGCCCCACUAUCCUAUUACAAACACCAGCCCAUACGACAAGAGGAUACCCUGAAGCUGCACAAUGGGCCAGCAAAGAACAGCUACAUGGAGCAGAGUUUCCACGGCCUCAACCCAGUGCUCAACAUCCCUGUCAGCCUGGGCUACGUAGAGCAGGCCAAGAGGAACGCGGCACUGACCGGCCCAGAGCUCGAGCAUUGGUUAGACAGCCUGGUGGGCGAGCUGUGGGAGGCGGCCGACGUCUGCGCCGUGGGCCCUACCGCCUGUCCUGUCAUGCAGGCCUGCUCCAAGAACCCUUGGAGUUCCCUGAGCCCAGACCCCAAAUCCCAUCUGGGAGCACCACGCGCAGACGGGCGCAUCAGGUAGCAGUGAGGCCUCCAGCUGGACGGGAGGUCGCGGCACAGGAGAUUUCACUGUCGAUUUUUAUUUAUUUAAGGGGGUUCGUUGCAGACAGAGGGAAGGAGAAGCGUUCUUCCUCUGUCUCGGGAGAAGAAGAAAAGAAAAGAAAGAGUGGAUUUCUUUGGGAGGUUGGUGAGGGUGUCUGGACAGAAAGCAAGGAGAAUGAUUUUCAGAUCCUCCCACGGGGUUCCUCCUUUUAGGGGAUUAUGCUGGCUUUGCUAUUUCAGUUUCUCAGUGUAUUUAUUUUUCUCCUCAUGGCUGAGUUUUACUGUGAUCAAACGUUGCAAUUUUCAAGCAUCUAUUUUGCUGCUGAAUGAAUUAUGAAGUCAGCUUUUAAAGAACUGCACGGGCACAGCAGUCAUGUGAGCGCGGAUUGUCGACACUGGCAGCAGACUAAAGAUCUGCUGCAAUAAGGCCUUAGCUGUAAGACAUAUCUGAGGAGGUAGCCUGGUACUGAAUUAAAUGUGCCUCCCUCAGGUUUAUGUCAGCAUAAACAAAAUGAGAUGAUAUCUGAGCGGUCAGAUAACCCAAACAGGUGAAAAGAUUAUUUUGAUACGACUCAAAUGCAGCACCACUGAAAGCAAAUUUCCCAAUUAUGAAGAACAACAAAUAUUUUAGCGUUAUUAAAGUCAAUUACAAUUAAAAAGUCAAUUAAAAAGUCAAACCUCUGAGUUUCUGAUAGAUCACUGACUCAGUUUGUAAAUCAGUAGAAUAAAUCAGUAACAGCAGCACAACUUCCUUCAGUUCAGUGCCUGAUCAGGAUGUGGAACUGUUGUGGCUGAGCUCACCAUCUGCUGCAGUCACAUUUCGUAAAUAUGGAGGGGGGAAAAAGAGAGAAAUGCAAAUACAGAGGCCUUCUCAGAACAAUUACAAUUAUUUGGAUAAUAAUAGAAAUUUAAAGUAGACAUGUUAGUAUUCUAAAUUCAUAAAUGCCUCAUUUGUGGUUGUUGCACAAUAGUAUUUUAAGACCUAACAUUGACAUAGUGUUGUUUUCUUUAAUAAAACCCAGAUGUUGUGACAGGCAGAGGACAAAGAGAGAACUGUUUUGUCCGUCUUAUUUUUUUUGUUUGUUUUUCUUUUUACCAAACUGCCUCAAACUUGAAACACGUUUAUCUCAAGCUGACCUUAAAAUUGUCAUCCUUGUACUCAGUGUCAUCCUUUUUUCUUUACUUUCUUUCCAAUCUUUUCAGUGAUUCUUUAUGUUGUACAUAAUUAUACAAGAAGUCUCAAAAAUUGCGUGAAUGAGGGGGGGGGUGAGUCCAUGAGUCGCUAUUUAUUUAUAAGUUUAUAUUAAUACUGAUAUUUUUAGUCAGUGACUAAAUAACUGCGACGCUGCUUUGGCAGCAUGAUAAAUAUUUUUUUGUAAAGAAAGCCGCCUUUAUUUACAAAGGCCAACACCCCAAACUUAUACUGUACCUUUUUAUGGCCCACACCUGUGUGUCAGUGUUGUCCUGUCUGAAUAGAUCCUCUUGUCCUGGUUUCUUACAUGGCUUUUUGCCAAGUGCAUCCCAAGAGAAAGCCACGCUGACCUACAAGGUCAAAGGUCAGCUGCCUAACAACUUCACCAAACAGAGAAGGUGAACAGAAACACUCCUCACAAAGCAAAACACCUUGGACAACGUCUGGACUGAAGGAGAAACUGUGCUUUUUUUGGUGUUUUAUGGUUCCUGUCAGUUUCCGAAUGAUAGUGAGUGGUAGUGAUCUUCAUGCUGUGACAAUAAUGUACAAUUUCAAGUGAUUAUUAUAUUGUGUCUUGAUUGCAAAAUGCAUAAUUUAUUAGAUCGGGUCUAUGGCACCGUUUCAACUCUUAUCUACAUUUGAAGUACCUUUUCUGCCAUCAAGACAAUCUCUGGACAUUUGAGACGAGUUAAUUCCACUGAGGGUAGCACUGUACCACAACACAUCCUGAACAUUGGAUAUUUGUCUUACUUUGAAAUAAGUUUCAUCUGAAGCCAAUUAGGAGUUCAAUCUGUGAUUGUCAACAUUGUUUAGCCAUCACACGAGCUAAGUGAGUGUUUUUGCACUGGCUAAUUAAGAGACAUUACUGUUCAUUAAUGUCAAGUUCACCUUGCCUUUCUGUUGGAUGUGUCUAUUAUAAUUGCUAUCACUCCUUCCCUCUCAAAUCUACACUGUUUCUGGGGUUGGGUUGUAAAGAACAAUUCUGUUUUCCACUGGCUGGCUUCUGCUGCCAUCUUUUAACUUUAAGUGCCACCGUGCUCUGGAUAAUUACUUCACACAAUACAUAUUAUGUAAGUUCAAUGACAGUUUCGGAAAAAGGUGAAUUGAAUAAAUGUAACUCAAUGUGAAAGUCCUAUUUUGUAACAAAAUGAUUAACAAAUGAAGAUGAUGUACAUAGGUAUUUUGUAUUGAAAUAUUGUUUAAAAGGUAUUCUACAUGUAAAUACAGAUGUGGUUAAAAAAAAAAAAGACAUUGAAUUAUUAAGAGUUUUUAAAAUGUCAGUAAUUGGGCACAAAGAGUGAAUCGAUGGUGUUUAUUGAUCUAAGUACACAACCUGUUUCAGUGUUUUUGGACAACAACCUUGUCCUGUUUGCCUCUCAGAGAAAAUCACAUGCCAGAUUGUUGUUGUUCUUGCUGGAAUGUAUUGUUGAGCAACUGUUGCACAAAUUUCUCUGACUGAUGUUUCCCCCAUUGUUUUUUUUUUGCUUCUUCUUCUUUCUUUCCGGGGAGGCUCUGUGUGCCUUAGCUGACUUUUAGAACCUUCUCUGUCCAUUAAGAAGAAAAUAUUUUGUUAUUUGUUUUUGACACAUGUGAAGAAUACCAUGGGUCUGUCAAGUGAUUCACUGGUACUGCAACACCAAAAAGAUGUCUGCUAUUGUAUAUAUCAUCAGGCCUUCUGUCUUUAUCAGCUUUUUUUUUUUUCUGCCCUUUGGGGCACUUAGUUUGUUGUACUUGACUGGCUUGGUUUACUUUUCUCUGACUGCUUUUUGGAAAUAAAAUUCUAUGGAAAAAAC